UAAUAGCCUGGUGAUCAGUGAGGCUGUGUUGGAUUGGAUGCUGUUCUGGAUCCUCCACUCAAAAGUUGCCAAUUGUUAUCAUGAAAAGUAGCUACUACAGAUGAGUUUGGAGACUGUUGAAAAGUAAUGGCAUCCAUACCUAAAGUAAUAUUCCUCCAACCUCGUCCAUAUUUCUCGGGUAGGUUGCUUCUUCUAGCAUUAGAAAAAUAUGGAGAGGUGAUUAGAGAAAUAUUUUUAGGUGUUAUAUGCUAAUAAGCUAAUGCUAACAAUUGGUAUGUCCAUAUCUGUUCAUGGCCAAGCAGCUUCGAUAUGUCGUGCAACGGCAACACUUUUUAGUUGUGGAGUAUUUCUCUUCGCAUCCUUCCGGAUAUGGCUCCAAACUGUAUCCAAAGUCAUAUCCGAUGUCUUUUCCCCACACCGGAAUCCACCAUGGUUGCUGCAAAGAAGACCGUAAGGAUCUCUUGUUUAUCAAUAUUUGUGUAGGAAUCAGAUCAUGGAAAUGCGUGUUUGUGGUAAAUGUUAAACAAGAGCUUAUUGUUGUGAAUUUCACAGAAGAGGACUCAUGAGAGCAUUAACAAUAGGCUCAUUUUUGUUAUGAAAAGCGGCAAAUAUACAUUGGGAUACAAAACUCUUCUCAAGACCAUUAGAAGCUCUAAAGGUAUGUACAGUGAGCUCAGCCACUCUUCCGUUGAUAAAGUCAUCUGGUUAAGGAAUUGUAUUAUUUCUUUGUUAUAUCUUUGUUUUAGUAGGGUUAUUUCUUUGUUAUAUAUCAGUGCGCUCUGUGUUUUGGAAAUGUAGGCAAAACAACUGAUAUACGCUGGAUGUUAUGUUUAGCUGAGACUUCCAGAAAUGAAUCAACAUUGAAUUUAUAGAUGGAAGAAGUCGCGUUUAUCCUUUCUUACGAGUAGUUUUAUUGCUCUAUAGUUUCUUGUCUCUUGAUUUCUGCGAGUAUCUGUUGGUUUAUAAUGACUUAUUUACUUUCAUUGUUUUCAUUUUCAUAAUUGCUUUGAUUUGUUUGCUCGUAUCUGACCUUUCAUAUGCUUUUUUUUGAGCCGAGGGUCUUUCGGAAACGGCCUCCCUACCUAAGGUCUGCGUACACUCCACUCUCCCCAGACCCCACGUUAUGGGAUUCACUGGGACUUGUCACUUCAGCAAUUGGUAUGUCCGAUACUUGUCAUGGCCAAGUAGCUUCGACAAAACGUGGAAUUACAACACUUACUAGUGCUGGACUGUUGCUCUUCCUGUCUUUCCGGACAUGGCUCCAAACUCAUAUCCAGUGCCUAACUCCUAUGAUCGGAGACUGUUGAAAAGUAAUGGCGUCCAUACCUAAAGUAAUAUUUCUCCAAUCUCCUCGCCCAUAUUUCUCGGGUAGGUUGCUUCUUCUAGCAUCAGAGAAAUAUGGAGAGGUGAUUGGAGAAAUACUUUUAGGUGUUAUGUGCUAAUAAGCUAAUGCUAACAAUUGGUAUGUCUAUACGUAUUCAUGGCCAAGUAGCUUCGAUAUGUCAUGCAGUUGCAACACUUUUUAGUUGUAGAGUAUUUCUCUUCGCCUCCUUCCGGAUACGAGUCCAAACUCAUAUCAGAUAUCAUUUCCCCACACCGGAAUCCACCAUGGUUGCUGCACAGAAGACCAAGAAGACUCAUGAAAGCAUUAACAAUUGGCUCACUUUUGUUAUGAAGAGGGGAAAAUACACAUUGGGAUGCAAAACUCUUCUCAAGACCAUUAGAAGCUCCAAAGGAAAACGUUUUACAACUGCCAACAAUUGUCCUCCUAUCAGGAAGUCCGAGUUAAGAGUACAAUGCUAUGUUUGCAGAGGUUGGAGUUCUCCACUACAACGGAAGUGUGUCCAUGUCAUUCAUUACAUUCGUUUAGAUAUCUAUGUAUCUCUUUAUGCUCACAAAGUUACAAUGUGUCCUUGGCGUUCUUUUGAUAUGGUUUUCAACAUAUGGCUUUCAAGAAGUGAUUUUCUUUCUUUUGUGUGCCUCUUCUCAAAAAUUUCUUUCAGAACAUUUGUUUUCUGCUUGUAGUUUUUCUUGUGUUGGUAGCUGUUGGUUUUUUAACAAAGGAACGUAAGAAAUAACGGAGAAAAAAUAUUGAGAGAAAAAUUAACUGUA